UAAGGCGAUCGUUACGCGCGGAAGCGUCACGAAAAUGGAUUGUGCUUUGUGUAACAUGUGCUUCUGAGAUUUGGUGAUAUUUUGUGUCGGACUUGUGUGCAAAAGCAUGAUGCCUCUCGCACCGACCCCUGUGGUGGCGGUGCCAUCGAAGCCGAAGAUAGGAUUUAGUAUAGACAGCAUAGUUGGGGGUUCAGAGAGACCUAAACAUGCAUCACCCCCUUUGGCAAGUCCAGGAUCGCCUUCUCCGGUGGCCAGCCCUCGAAGUCCUUCGCCCCGGCCCCUACUACGGCCAAGUGCGUUGCCAGCAGUUUUUCCGUCACCGGAAUUGAAGAGGUUACCUUAUUUGGAAGCUCAAAGUCAUCACCAUCAGUUCCUAGCGCAUUUUCAAGGAGCAGCUCUGGCUGCGGCUUUGGCGCAUCAGCAGCAAGGGUUUGGAGGUCCUCUUCCGCCUCAUCCACCGCCGCAUCCCGCCGCACCAGUUCCUAGAGAAUCGUAUCAACUGUACCCGUGGUUAAUCAAUAGGCACGGAAGGAUAUUUCCACAUAGGUUUCCUGGAGGUCCAGACAUCCCCGGGUUCCUCCUGCAGCCGUUCAGGAAGCCGAAGAGGAUUAGAACCGCCUUCUCCCCUUCGCAACUUCUGAAGUUGGAACACGCUUUCGAAAAAAAUCACUACGUUGUCGGCGCUGAAAGGAAACAGUUAGCGCAAGCGCUGAGCUUAACUGAGACGCAGGUAAAGGUGUGGUUCCAGAACAGAAGAACGAAGCACAAACGGAUGCAGCAAGAGGAGGAAGCAAAGACUGGCACCAAAUCCAGUUCCUCAGGUUCGAAGCCGGAUGAUGGAAACCAGUUUAACAAUUCCUAUGAAGAAGAAGAUGAAGAAUUGAUAGACAUGGAUAUGGACGAAUUAAGUGAAAGUGAAAAUGAAACGUAAGAGUGAAAAGUGACACUUAGAAGUGAUUUUGUAAAUAUUAGCUCGUAAUAUAUCUACCUAAGUAUUUAUUUAUGCUGUCCAACUGAUUUUAAUACUAUCGCUUUGGAAUAAUACUAUUUGUAAAUUUGGUAUAGUAAUGGUAUCUAUUGUACGCGCAAGUAACGUAAGUACUUAGGUACCUUUAUUUUAUCUCGGGAAGUUUCGAAUCAUGUUACUAUGAUCCGUGUUCACCGAGCGACUUUAAAAUACAUACAUAUGAUCACGUCUAUAUCCCUAGCGGGGUCGACAGAGCCACCAGUCUUGGAAAGACUGAAAGGCCACGCUCAGCUGUUUGGCUUUGUGAUAGAAUCGAGAUUCAAAUAGUGACAGGUUGCUAGCCCAUCGCCUAAAAGAGGCAUCCCAAGUUUAUUAGCCUAUCCCUUAGUCGUCUUAUACGACAUCCGUGGGAAAGAGAUGGAGUGGUCCUAUUCUUUUUUGUAAUAGUGCCGGGAACCACACGGCACUGUAAUGUACGUAGUGUACCUAACUAGUAUUACGUGCGCGUUAAAUACCUGGUAGGUAUUAUUUAUAAAUAGUAUUAAGCUAUGCACACUCCUGACUUUUGUCUCGGUAGCGUCUUACCUGGGGAAAGCCUAAAUCUGACUGGACGCUAUUUAAUAUGCGGGGAAGUGUAGUUAAACAAGUGGACUUUACUUAUGAGUGUACUUACUCUACCAAAACUACUUGGUUCGGUUCGAAUGGUUAUUAAAAUAUAUAUUGGUAAUGUUAUUUUAGAAAAUUUGAGAAUAGCAAACGUCGGAGUUUGCGCAUUUGUUUGGUCAACCUGUCAAUAUACUUUCAUAUAAUUAAUCAUCCUCGCACGCAUACGGGUACGCAUGACCAAACCAUCUAGGUAAGCGUUCCCUUUUAUAUUCCUGUCACUAAUCUUUUUCGCAGCAUUUUCUUAUGGAUAUAUCACCUGGAUUUCGAAUUAUCCUGCAAAAUAAAUGUCCUACAGUAUUCUUUUAUAUAAUUAAACAGAUUAAAUAUCUAAUUCAUCGAAUCAAUUUUCCAGACAUAAAACUUAAUUUAAAAAAUGCCAAUUCCAACUUAAAUUCCUCCAAUAACGAUAAUUAAUCGUUCAUAUCAAUUAAAAAGGCGGCCAUUAAUUUAGACAAUUCAAAAUGGCGGCAAGAUCUUGUUAGCGGUUCACGAAUUAUCUAAAUUGGUCGUAUUAUAAUAGUUUGGGGCUAAAUUAAUUAAAAAUGCCUCUUUUGAUGCGUCCCUUCACUUAUGUGGGUAUAAUUAGGCAUUUUAGAUCAUCGUUGUGAUAGGCGUGGCUUCAAAACGAGCUGUCAACGUAAGAGGAAGAUAGAUAUAUUCUAUAAAGGUUAUAGCAGAGCGAGAUGUUUGAUGGGAAAAUUGUACAGUCAUCUAUAUAAAUGUUUCAACAGUUUAAUUUAAUUGAUAGAUCGUUGAUUUAUUGAUUAAUUGCGUUUAUAACUGAUUUUAAUUAUUUGCUCGAGAAUAAGGUCAAUGAGUUUUAUAAUAAAGUAUACCUAUUAGGUAUUGAGAUUUAAAAAAGAUCAAAUUCUUAAAGGGCUACGUUUGUAAACCUAUUAAGAACGAAGUUUAAACUUAAAUAUUACCCAAAAAAGCUUAAGAAAAAGGCUUUUAAAGACAUUUGUUGCUGGAACAAUUUGAAACGUGAUUUUGAAUAAAGGUUGCUUUACAACAUCAAACCUACAUUUUUUUUCAAAUAUUGGCACAAAAUAUUUUUUUAAAAUUAAAAACUUGAUAUUUUCUUAAGACGAUUAUACUCUAAAACAAGGGCCUAUUAUUAAGAUGCGUUUAGAAACGCUUGUAUCUUACAUUUUAAUCGCGUUCAGUAAUUGCCCGAGACGGCCCAAAUUGUUUUUAAACUGUUGACGAUUGUUCUCUAUGGCUAUUUGUCUAUGCGCCCAAACUUUAUGAUUAAGAUCUAUCUAUGGUCUUUCACGCGCCAUAUUUAUUGUUCCAUACGUUGAAGUGUAAUUGGCUAUUAUUUUACUUUUCUCACUAAGAUUAGAGUAAUAAACGUGAUUAGUAUUUUUAAAAUAAAAUUAUAGAGAGAGCAUCCGUGUAAUUAGUAAUUUAACGAUAUGAAUAUAUUAACAUAUAUUUUUCGGUAAUUUUCUUUGUUUCUUAUAUGCUCUGCCACGUGACGAUAGUUCAGAAUUUGAUGGUAUGUUAAUUUUUUCACAUCAAGUUUUUAUUACCAUGAUAUCAAACAGAUACUGUAGUCAGUAUAGGUACCUAACCAGUA